AUGGCGAUUGAGAACGGCACGCAUCACGCACACGAAGAGCGGCAGUACCUCGAUCUGAUCAAUCGCGUCAUAGCGACUGGCGAGAGCAGGCCUGAUCGUACAGGCACAGGCACGCUGUCUCUGUUCGCGCCGCCCUCUCUGCGCUUCUCGUUACGCGACGGUGUGCUUCCUCUGCUGACGACUAAACGCGUCUUCCUGCGCGGCGUCAUCGAAGAGCUGCUUUGGUUUGUCAGAGGCUCCACGGAUGGUCUAGUUCUCAAGGCAAAGGGCGUCGGUAUCUGGGAUGGGAACGGCUCUCGCGCCUAUCUAGAUUCAAUAGGACUCACUGAGCGAAGAGAGGGCGACCUCGGGCCUGUCUAUGGCUUCCAAUGGCGACACUUUGGCGCGAAAUACAGAGGCGUAGAGGGCGAGAAUGGCGUGUCUUACGCGGGCGAGGGGAUCGAUCAGCUCGCAGAAGUUGUAAGAAAGAUCAAGGACAGUCCUACCGAUCGGAGGAUAAUCCUGUCUGCUUGGAAUCCUGCAGAUCUCAAGAUAAUGGCGCUGCCACCUUGUCAUAUGUUCUGCCAAUUCUACGUGUCCAACCUUACGCCAAGGGACGGCGAGCGAAGGAGACUGAGCUGCAUCAUGUAUCAGCGUUCUGCCGAUCUCGGCUUGGGCAUACCGUUCAACAUCGCCUCGUAUGCGCUCCUCACUUGCAUGAUCGCGCGUGUCACGGCCACAGAGCCCGACGAGCUCAUCAUGCAGCUCGGCGACGCUCACGUCUACAAAGAUCAUGUCGAUGCGCUCAGAACACAGCUCGAGCGAGAACCACGGCCUUUUCCCAGGUUCAGCUGGCGAGAUCGUACUGUCGAUGCAAUCGACGGCUUCGAAUAUGAAGACUUUGUCGUGUCCGACUACAAGCCUCAUCCGAAGCUCGAGAUGAAGAUGUCGGUCUGA